AUGAAGAUCCUUCUUUCUUUUUCUAUUUUGUCCUUUGGUGUCUUCAUUCCACCAGCUAGAAGUAAAGAGCACUAUGCUGUCUUUAAUUGGUGGGAAGCAUGCAUAAAGCUUAGUGGUCAAUGUAAAAAUCAGUGUGGUGAAAAAGAAUUUAAGAUGGCAUACUGUGCAAGACCUACAACUCUCUGCUGCAUGAGACAAUGUGACCACAUUGAGUAA